AGUCCUACGCUUCGUUCUUUCCAAUUCUGAAUCGCGGAAGUGGAUCAACUGUGUUGUGUUUGUGCAGUACGUUGUUCAGAUGCAGUAUUUUUGUAGUGUUUUGACCGUGAGACGAGGUUUAUAAAACACAAAUAAAACGCUAAGAAAGCUCUGGGAAACAGACUGAAACAUGGAGGACGACGCUCCUGUCAUUUAUGGACUCGAAUUCCAGGCACGAGCGCUUACAGCCCAGACAGCUGAAACUGAUGCCAUCCGUUUCCUUGUGGGCACACAGUCCCUAAAAUUUGACAACCAGAUCCACAUCAUUGACUUUGAUGAUGAGAAUAACAUCAUUAAUAAGAAUGUCCUUCUGCACCAAGCUGGGGAGAUAUGGCACAUUGGAGCCAGUCCUGCCGAUAAGGCUGUGCUUACCACCUGCUAUAACAAAACCAGUGACAGCAGGGUGGUGUCCUGUGCGGCAGUUUGGAGGAUGCCCUGCGAUUGGGAGACAGGAAGCAAUGAUUCACCUGACGACUCCGCCCACAACCCCCAGACCUUGGAGCUGCUCUGUCACCUAGACGACAGCCCCCAUGGCAACGCUGCCUGUGCUGUGAAGCCUGUAUUCUAUGCUGUUGGAUGGAUGGCUUUGACCAACAUGGACAACACAGCUAUUAAACCCUGUAUCAAGGAACUAGGAGAGAGGUGA